UUUUACCUGGAAACUUGACAAAGAGCUCAGUGUCUGCACUUAGUUAAAAGUGCUGUACACAAAUGAAAAUGUAAUUCAGUUCAAAUACAGUAUAAGUAAAUUACUGUAACUCUGUGCCUGCUGUGUUUGUUACUUUAAGCUGUUUGAUUUUCAGUUUCUGUUUUAAUAGAUGUCUUUGAUUAAUCCUGUAUCAAAUGAAAAGCAAAAUAUGGCAAGCACAUCAUCAAAGGAAGUUUCCACAAGCUGCACUAGUGUUAGUACGGGUGCACAUUGCUACAGAACAUAUACAGAGGUUUAUGCUCCAAUUCUAGUUGAAAGUGACACUAGUAGCUCAUCAGAAGAUGAAUUUGCUCACAAUGUUGAUUGUUUUAAUGACAAAAUAGUUAGUGUGGAAGACAUCCUGGAAAAUUUAGCCACGCAGAUUAAGUCUGAAAAAGUCUCACGGUUCAAUAUAAACAGAGCUGACAUUUGGGAUGGAGCUCUACGUGGUUUUAAGCGUUCGUCCUUUGAUCCAGCACACACCAUUUUAGUGAAAUUCAGUGAUAAUACUGGCUACAUGGAGAGUGGCAUUGACACAGGAGGACCCAAACGAGAAUUUUUAGAACUCCUAAUGCAACAUGUUAAAAACAGAACACUAUUUGAAGGAAGGGAAACUGAAAAAUACUUGACCUGUGACAGUGUUGCAUUUGAUAAUGAUGAAUAUUUCAUCAUUGGGCGAAUGAUCGCUGUCUCCAUGGUUCAUGGUGGUCCUGGGCCACAGUUCAUUUCGAAAAACUUGUUCAACUAUAUUUUAUGUGAAGGUAUCUUUUCCCCUGAUACAAAAGAUGUUUGUGAUCCAGAAAUACAGAUGAUGCUACAAAAGAUCAAGUCAUCGUCCUCAGUGGAAUGUCUUAGGAGUACAGUGGAGGUGUAUGCUACAAUGCUUAUGAUAGCGGGAUGUCUUUGCCAUGUUAUCAGGGAGCUUUCUGAUAAAGACAAAAUUGUGGAAGAUUAUCUGAAGUGGUAUUUUUUCACCAGAAAUGCUGCUUGUAUUCAAAGUGGGAAGAAACCAGAGCACCACCCAGAGGAAUCCCACUCAGAGAUGAGGAGAGCAUGCAAACUCCAUCCAGAGAGGACCCAGGACACAAACCUAGGUCUCCUUACUACGAGUGUACCAGCUCUUCCACUGCCCCAACAUGUCACCCUUAAAUGGUUCAAAGAAGGACUAACCACACUAAAUGUUCUUGAAGCAAUGAAACAAAAUCCAUCAGGAUUCAUGAAAUACUUCUGUUUUUCUGAGAAAAAAAUAACUUCUGAAAUUAUAGAGAAUCUUUUUAAAGCUGAGUUUAGCCAGCCUGGUAGCAACAGAAGACAAGAGGAAGUGAGGACAGCUGCAUACUGGGCAGACUACUUGUUAGAUAUUGAAGGUAAAACAUCAUUUGCUGAACCAUCUUUGGAAGAUAUCCUCAUGUUCUCAACCGGUGUUUCCUCAAUCCCACCAAUCGGCUUCCAUCCAAAGCCAACAGUUAAUUUCUUGCAUAAUGAGUCGCCAUAUCCCAUUGCUCAAACAUGCACCAAUUCUUUAAGCAUCCCCAUACAUAAAACAUAUGAUAAAUUCAAGUACCAUAUGAAUUUUGGUAUUCUAAACUCACCUGGAUUUGGGCAACACUAAAUUCUGAUAUAAUUAAUCAUCAUAUAUUUUUACCAGCCCUGAACUUGCUCUUUCAUUACAUUUUCCACAAAAAUUAUAUUAUUAGCUAUGUCAGUUAUUAUUUUUUGAAAGUUUUUGGCUGAUUUUACAUUUAAAGUUGCUUCAGUUCAUUUUGCAAACAUGCACAUUUUUUUCUUUAUUACCGAAUUACCAGGAUCUUCCAUCAAUCAUUUUUCACGUAAUUUCAUUUUGGUCAGUUGUGCACAGUUACAUUUUGUUUGCAAUUAUGUUAUUAAUAAUGUUAAUUUUUCAAAGAAAGGAAGUUGCUAAGCUUUGUGUUUAUACAUAUUUUGUGUAAAUAGAAAUUUUACAAUGUAAUACUUCUAAUAGCUUUUUUUUUAUAUUUCAUAUUAUGUAAUGUUUUAAACCAUACUUUUGAAAUGGUUUGACUUGAACCUUGUUAAUGUUGCUUCAAUGAGAUGUACCAUUGAAGUGCUCUUGUUGUUAUUAAACAAAAAUUUGUAAACUUAAUGUUCA